AUGAAGAAGAAGGAUUUGGAAAAUAUGGAAACUCCUAAACAAGCUAGCUGGGUGAUAAGGAAAAUUUUCGAAGCAAAGAGAUGGCUAACCACUGGAGUGAAGGAGCUGGAUUUAUAUGCAGUAAAGGGGAAGGAUCUAAUCAGUAAAGCGUAUACUUCAAUUAUGCCACAAUAUCCAAAGGUCAACCGGAAAGCAUUGCUCUUGACACAAGGAAUAUUACCUAGACAUCAGUUUAUUUUGUGGAUGUCAUUGUAUCAGAGACUAGCAACAGUGGACAGGCUAAGCAAAUGGGGGAUAACAGUGCAUAAAGAAUGUGUUUUGUGUAUGACUGAUACAGAGGAAACUCAUGAACAUUUGUUCUUUGAAUGUUCAUAUUCAAGGUUUAUAUGGGAGCAACUGCUAAAACUCUUUGGAAUAAGUCGACAAGUAGGAAAAUGGCAAGAGGAAACUGCAUGGCUGACAACAAGAACAAAGAGCAUAAAUGAACUUUGGAAGAUCCUGGAAGUGCAUUUGCAGCAGCAAUAUAUUAAAUAUGGAUGGAAAGAAACCUGA